AUGGCCAAUUUCUUAGUAGAUGAAUUGAAAACUUUGGGAUUCACUGAUAUUCAAUUGAAAGAAUUGGGUACUCAACCACCACCAGUUCAAGAUGCUAAUUUACAAUUACCUCCAAUUGUUUUAGGUCGUUUUGGCAAUGAUCCAGCCAAGAAAACUGUUUUAGUUUAUGGUCAUUAUGAUGUUCAACCAGCUUUGAAAGAUGAUGGUUGGAAAACUGAACCAUUCACCAUGCAUUACGAUAAGGAAAAAGAAAUCUUGUACGGUAGAGGAUCUACUGAUGAUAAAGGUCCAGUUGUGGGAUGGUUGAAUGUCAUUGAAGCACAUAAUAAAUUGGGCUGGGAAUUGCCAGUCAAUUUAGUUGUUUGUUUUGAAGGUAUGGAAGAAAGUGGAUCCUUGGGAUUGGAUGAACUUGUCGCUAAGGAAGCACAAAACUACUUUAAAAAAGUCGAUCAAGUGACUAUUUCAGAUAAUUAUUGGUUAGGUACCACCAAACCUGUUUUGACUUAUGGGUUAAGAGGUUGUAACUACUAUCAAAUUAUCAUUGAAGGUCCUGGUGCUGAUUUGCACAGUGGUAUCUUUGGUGGUAUUAUUGCUGAACCAAUGACAGAUUUAAUCAAAGUGAUGUCUACUUUAGUUGACGGCAGUGGUAAAAUCUUGAUUCCAGGUGUUUAUGAUAUGGUUGCUCCUUUGACUGAUAAAGAAGAUCAAUUAUAUGAUAGUAUUGAUUUUUCAGUUGAAGAAUUAAAUGCUGCUAGUGGUUCCCAAACUUCAUUACACGACAACAAGAAAGAUAUUUUGAAACACAGAUGGAGAUUCCCAUCCCUUUCAUUACAUGGUAUUGAAGGUGCCUUUUCAGGUGCUGGUGCCAAAACUGUUAUCCCUGCUAAAGUUGUUGGUAAAUUCUCCAUUAGAACUGUCCCAGAUAUCGAAUCGAAAAAAUUAGACGAUUUGGUAUUCCAACAUAUAACUUCUGAAUUCAAAAAAUUAAACUCACCAAAUAAAUUCAAAGUUGAAUUAAUUCAUGAUGGUAAUUACUGGGUUUCUGAUCCAUUUAAUGAUAGUUUCACUGCUGCUGCCAAGGCAACUCAAGAUGUUUGGAAUGUUGUUCCUGAUUUUACUAGAGAAGGUGGUUCAAUUCCAAUUACUUUGACUUUUGAAAAAGAAUUGGGUGUUGAUGUUUUACUUUUGCCAAUGGGUAGAGGUGAUGAUGGUGCUCAUUCAAUCAAUGAAAAAUUAGAUGUAAGUAACUAUAUCAAUGGUUGUAAAACAUUGGGUGGGUAUUUACAUUAUUACGGUAAAGCUUAA